CUGAUCUGUGCGGUCCACAGGGGUUCAGAUGAGGAAGUGGUUACGCUGAUACGUGCGCUGAAUAGGACAGCUACGAAAAGUUUCCCCGGAGUCCCUGCAGCCAUGAAGCUCAGACUACACUUUGUGGUGGACCCCAUGGGUUGGCUGUGCAUCGGUGUAGUAUUUGGGAUCUGGCUCUACAACACUUUAUUCAUUCCUGAGCUGGUUCUGCUUCCACACUACAAUGAAGGACACAUCCCCUGGGCCACAGUUGUUUGUUAUUACAUAGCAUCAGCUCUCUGCAUAGCGGCCCUCUUCAGAGCUUCCACAGCAGAUCCUGGUCGUCUUCCUGUGGACCCCCACAUACCUCACUCUGAGCGAGAGCACUGGGAGCUAUGCAAUAAGUGCAACUUAAUGAGACCUAAAAGGUCUCACCACUGCAGUCGCUGUGGCCACUGUGUACGCAGGAUGGACCACCACUGUCCUUGGAUCAAUAACUGUGUGGGAGAAGACAACCACUGGCUCUUCCUGCAGCUCUGUUUCUACGCUCAGGUCCUAAGUUUGUUCACCCUGGUGUUGGACUUCUGUCAAUACUAUUACUUCCAGCCAUUGACAAGACUAGACCAGGAGAAGUUUACAACGCGCCAUGAACUGGCUCUGCUGCGAGUCUCAGCGCUCAUGGGUGUGGUCAUGUUCGGUGGCAUGACGAGCUUGUUUUACACUCAGAUGACGGGCAUCCUGUCUGAUACUACCACCAUUGAAAAAAUGGCUCAGUUCUCAAAUGAAAUAUACGGCUCAACGAGAUCCUGGCAGUGGGCGCUAGCUGAAGUCUGCGGCACUCGCUGGAAACUCCUGUGGUUCAUCCCGCUCCGAAGCAGGCAGCCGCUCCAAGCUAACCACUACCUCCGCACCCACGUGUAGGUCGGUAGCACUACACUACCUCCCGCCUGCACAGAUGGUACGGGCUCCCAUGAUGAAACACUGUAUAACACACUUAAAGAAUCCAUCUGCUCGCCUUCACCGUCCUCUUUUGUGCUUUGGGAGCCGAGCACCAGUCUUGGUUUGUCACUGGAUACUGGAAGCAUUUUUGUUUUGUUUUCUUUUGUUUUCUUUUUUUGUUUGUUUGUUUGCCUUUCUCUAAAAGACCCAGACUUGCAGUAAACAGGGUCAGGAAACACCUUUGGAAGUGAUGGGAAAAGGUUGCUUUUGUUUUUGUUUUUUUUACUCACUGUGACUGCUAUACUUUCAGCAUUUGGAAUCCACUUUAAAUGGCUAAUUGCAGCAGAAGGAUGGAGGUCUUCACCUGAAAGCAGCUGGCAAAAGGCACCCACCUCAGGUUACUCUAAUAAAAAGAGCCUUUACUACUGACCUUUAAUCAACCACAGACAGAAUUAGGGUAACUCCAGUGUGUCUGUUAGAAAGGCAGAUUUUUUUUUGUAUAAAGUGUGUGCCUUGUUUCUUUUAGCUGAGUCCUUUUUAUUUGUUAAGCAUGAGCAGUGUUUUUGCUUUAUGUUUAAUAAUUGGUGAUCUUCCAGUUUGGAAAUGUUUUUGUGUAUAGGGAAAGGAUCUGGCGUCAGCUACAUUCCUUUAAUUGGUGAUCAUGUGAUGAUUCAUGAAUGUCUCCUUGCAUUGUUCUAUGAACAUUUUAUCUAUGAAGUGAUGUUUUAUGAAGAGUAGCUAGAACAAAGUUUAUAACUCGACUACUGAUGACACAUGAACAGUCAGGUAUGAACAUGAAGCAGACAGUUAACACUUCACUGUGCUGUGGGGAAAUUAUUGUUUCUCUGAGUAUAACAAACAUUCAACAGCCAAUUAAAAUCACGACCUGUAGUGAAAUCCUUAUUGAAAGGGAUCUGUAUCACAUACUCUUCCUUGCUGAGAGUUAGACAAGAGGACAAGAGGAUAUCACUCUCAUGCCUGUACCCUAAAUGUGAUGCUGCAGCCUGCAGCUGAUUAGCUUAACCAGUUAAACAAAUUUAACUAGUGAGCUGCAAGCAGAUGUUAUUUCCUUUCAAUGGAAGCUAGCUAUUUCCCCAUAUUUCCAGUCAUAAUUCUAAGCUAAGCCAAGCUAAUCACCUGCUGUGGCUUCACAUUUACUAUUUACAGUUAUGAAAAUGGUAUCGACCUUCUCAUCUAACUCCACAUAAGAGUGAGUCUGUUUAGGUUAAGUCUGCUGUAUCAACCAUAGCACUUACAAAGCAUUGGCAUAAAAUAACUAGUGUUAUUUUGUACUUCAGACAAACUAGUUGUGAUUUAUACUUAUUUAUCAUUUUAGUGCUGCAGCUGUCAUAGUUAAGUCUUAAAUGUGUCUGAACAAGUAGCUGUAACACUAGCAGAUGAGUGUGCUUGUGACAUACAGCUAGCUGUCACUCAGCACCACUAAAAAUAUGUAUCUAUGGUGAAUUCCUUGUAACUUUAAUGGUACUGAUAAGAGAUUUUAUUGAAUUCUUUAACAGGAGAAGGUGAAUAAUAAUACUAGCAUAGCUAAAAUUCUUAGCUAUGUGAUUAGUUAUAUUAUCAGUGUCUAUAGUACUUGGCGAUCCCUGAGCUCAGCCUGUAUGUAAACAAAGCUUGCCUUGUGUUGGAAACUUUACAAUAUCCAAGUAGUUUUAAGUGCCUGUGUAGGUCUUCUUUUUACUCUCACAGUACACCAUCAUCAUGUUGGUCUCCAUACAAAGCCAAAGACCUGGGGAAGUGUUGCACUGGUCAGCAGGCAUUUAGUAAAUGCAUGUUUCACCAAGUUUCUGAAGGUAGCGGUUCAAUAUUAUGCACUGAUUUACACAUUAGCGCACAGUCUGUUUUUCUGCAUCAAUCUCGGAGGAAAGUCUUCACUUGUAGUUAUUUUAUUGGACGUGCAUCCUUUGCUUUAUUCAUGUGUCUAAUGAAGUCGUUUGCAUUUGCAUGAGUGUGUGUUGAUAACUUUGCUCAGUGGUUUUUAUAACUCAGAUUCAGGUUCUUGGAUGUUUGUGAUGUUUGGUGUUUUUUUGGGGGGUUUUUUUGGGAGGGGGUGGGAAAUGAAAGGAUGGAGAUACCGAUUAAUCACAUUCACUGUUUCUUUCAUUUCAUUUUCUAAAGCAAUAAGCAUUGUCUGUCAUUCUCUCGUCUUUAUUGUUAUAGCAGCAGUGAAAAUCUGUUAUGUAUUGCCAAGUACAGAAACUGGGUGGAUGGGUUUCUCUCGACUCACCGACCAGUGAUAACUAGUCUUGAUCAUUUGUCAUUACUUCAGUAACCUCAGCCAAGAUUAACACCACUGUAGCUGCUGUGUGUAGCUGCAAAGCAUUUUUUUUUUCAAUCAACAAAAUGUCAGCCACAGGACCUCAUGUAGUUAGUAACAGGCUAACAGAAACACUCAGAUUCUUCUGUUGAAUCCAGAGCUGCUGGAGACUGGAGGUGUCAACAUUUCAGAGAGGCUGUGCUCACUCACUUCCAUCCACAGCCAUUACUUUAAUUCAUUUCUGCUCUUUUGAUCACUAUGUUAAUUAUCUGUUGAAUGUGUUUUCAAGUUUUUUUUUUUUUUGUUUGUUUGUUUAAUUCAAACCUCAAAUACUGGAACAGUUAAGUUUUGUGAAUUAAAUUAAUACACCAUACUACACCAUACUCCAAUAUCCAUUUCUUCCAUAUCUGUCUAGAAAGCCUGUGGGAAAAAAAUCAGUUAAUUAUCUUAGAAAAGUGUAUUAAUUGUGAUUAUAGAAAAUAU